AUGGAGUCUUCGUGCCUCCUCCCUCGCUUCCCUCCAACUCUAGCAUUCCUCUUCUUCCUUCUCUUCUCCAAGGCGACACCUGGCUCCUCCCAGCAAUGCCUCUCCCAGACAUUCCCCAAGGGCCGAUCGUUCGACCACUGUGAGGACCUUCCCCAACUGGGGGCCUUCCUCCACUGGUCCUUCCGCUCUGCCAGUUCUUCCCUCGACCUCGCCUUCGUCGCGCCGCCGGCCACCCCCUUCGGCUGGGUUGCGUGGGCCAUAAACCCCGUGGGCCAGGGAAUGAUCGGCGCUCAGGCCCUGCUCGCUUUCCGGGGCGCCGACGGCGGGAUGACAGUCGAGACCUACAACCUCACCAGUUACAGCUCCGUCGAGCCGUCGCCCAUAAGCAUGGAGGUCUCUGGGUUGGAGGCCGAUGUCUCGGGCGGGAUGAUGAGGAUAUUCGCGACUGUUGGGAUACCGCGGGGGAAGACGUCCGUCAACCACGUGUGGCAGGCCGGUGGGUCGAUGGUGGGCUCGAAGCCGGCGGUUCACGGGACCGACUUUCCGAACCUGAACUCGAAGGGCCGACUGGACUUGCAGUCUAAUACCAUGGUCCGCCGACUGAACUUGCAGUCUAAUACCACGGUCCUGGCCGGCGCCAGUACUGCGGAUCCGCUGGCAAGGAAGAAGAAGAAUCAUGGCAUACUGAAUGGUAUUACUUGGGGAAUUCUACUCCCGAUCGGCGCCAUGCUGGCUAGGUACUUGAAGAUCUACAAGCCUGAGAAUCAGGCAUGGUAUUAUGCACAUAUAUCUUGCCAAUUGUUUGCUUACAGCAUCGGGACAAUUGGCUUUUUCACCGGAUUUCAGCUUAGAGAUCCAGCCACAGCUGUAAAUUCCGGUCACCGGAUUGUCGCGUACAUACUCUUUCUCCUUUCCAGCUUCCAGGUUGCUGCUUUGCUUUAUACGCCACAGGAAGGGCAUAGACUCAGGCCUCAGUGGAAUUUGCUUCACAAACUCAUCGGAGCAACUGCAGUUUUUCUGGGAGUUACCAAUGUGCUCAUAGGUCUAAGCAUCCUCAAGCCCGGUGCAGUUUGGAUGGAAGGAUACAUCUCCGCCGUCGUUGUCAUGGGCUUGCUGAUCUGUUUUCUGGAGAGUGUGAUCAAUAAGACGAACUCCAGCGAUUCGAACGCCUGA